AUGUCGUAUCCGGGUCCCCCAGGAGUCCCCUCGGCGCACCCAUCUCUCCCACCCAGACCACCCGCACCCCCGGGAAGCAAGCAACAACCACAGCCGAUCGGACCUCAGGCAACAUCUAGAUUUUCCUCCACCUUUUCUUCCCCUAGUACCUACUCUGCACCGCCAGGCUACCCCGCCACCGCCGCCGGCGCAGCAGCACCACCAUCAUCAUACUCCAGCGCCGCGCCGGGCUACUCGGCACCACCAUCUCGGUAUGGCGCACCUGCGACGACUUCUUCGUACCCUUCAUACCCUGCGGCGCCCACGGCCAUGCCGGUGAGGAACUCUGGCGGAUACGCGAGGGGAGGAUACGGUGGCGGCGGCGGCAGCACGGCCGCCGGCGCUACCACCUACUCGUCCGGAUAUAACAACUACCGGCAGCCGAACGCCCAACCCGGUGCAGCGAGCUACGGCGCAGGACCACAAAUCAGAAACCCAUUCCCCGUACCGGCAGCAGCAGCGGCAGCCCCGGUGGCUGGGCCGGUAUCGGCGCAGAGCGAGGAGGCCGAGAUGGCGGCACAGAUGGCACAGUGGCAGAGCGCCUACCUUCCCAGGAGCGAGACGGACCCGACGGUGGUGGGGCCGAUCGGGCCAGACGCAACGUCUCAGUACCCGCAGCAGCAGCAGGCACAGCAGCCGGAGCAAGCCGAGGCGGGCGCCAACGGGGAGGAGCGGAAGAAGACGGUGUAUCGGAGCGGAGGCGGUAAGAAAUGGGCCGACGACACGCUUGUGGAGUGGGACCCAACGCACCUUCGCCUCUUUGUCGGCAACCUGGCGGGCGAGACGACGGACGAGUCGCUGCUCAAGGCGUUUUCGCGGUGGAAGAGUGUACAAAAGUCAAAGGUCAUACGGGACAAGCGCACCAACAAGAGCAAAGGCUACGGAUUCGUCAGCUUCAGCGACCCGGAUGAGUUUUUCCAGGCUGCAAAGGAGAUGAACGGCAAGUACAUCCAGAGCCACCCUGUCACGUGCAGAAAGGCAAACACCGAGAUCAAGGUCACCAACGUCAAGCCGGACAAGAGGCACGGCGGGAGGAAUGACAAGAGAAAGGGUAACGGUGGAGGUGGUGGUGGUGGAGGCGGAGGCGGAGGCGGCGGUGGUUAUGAGCCACGUCUGGGACCUCAUAACCCGGGUGGCAUUGUGAAGCCUGGUCAGAAGACUAAAGGCGGGCUUAAGUUAUUGGGUUAA